AUGGCCGAAGAUGGUGCUAAAUUCUGGACACCGGCAACCGAUAAUGAAAAAACACCAUACGAAGGACAGCGAUUCGAAACAGUAGAGGCCGUGAUUGAUUUCUACAUUCAAUACGCGAAGGAGGUCGGAUUUGAUGCAAGGCACGGCACAAAACGCAAAAACCGAGCAGGACAAGUGGUAAUUAAAUACAUCAUGUGCUCACGGGAGGGAUACAAAGCUGAAACGAAAGAAACCCCCAAUAACCCCAACAAACGAAAGAGGCGGAGGAGAGUGUCGAACAGGGUAGGCUGUAAGGCACGUAUGGGAAUGUCAAAUUGUAAAAGUGGAGGAUACAAAGUCCAUGCAAUCGAGCUACGACAUACACACUGUCUAUGCUCGAAAGAGGGGAGAACAUUUUUAAAAAUAAAUAGGCAACUCGACAUCGGACACAAGACGUUUUUGGCAAACUGUGCAAAGGCAAACAUCGGCCCCACCAAAGCGUUCAGACUGUUCAAAGAGAUGGUAGGAAGUUUUACAGAAGUUGGGGCAACAUGCAUCGACUUCUGCAAUUUCAGAAGGGACCUAUUGGCUUAUAUAGCAGAGGCGGACGCCCAAAUGGUGAUUGAAGAACUGUUCAAAAGAAAAGAGGACAACCCACACUUUUAUUUCGAUUUUGACAUAGAUGAAGAAGCACAAUUAACUAGGUUAUUUUGGGCAGACGCAGAAUCCCAUAGGAAUUUUGCAUGCUUUGGCGAUGCCAUGUCAUUCAACGCUACGUACAGCACAAACAGGUACAAGCUAGUGUUCGUCCCUUUCACCGGGGUGGACAACCAUAAGCGAUGCAUUACAUUCGGGGGAGGCCUAAUUGCAAAAGAGGACGUAGAGUCGUACGAGUGGCUACUAACAAAGUUCAAAGCUGCAAUGGAAUACACACCAAGGUGCACCAUUACUGACCAAGACCCAACACUGAAGGUAGUUAUCCCACAAACUAUGCCAACAACAAGACACCGAUUUUGCAUGUGGCACAUCAUGACAAAAGUUGGAGAAAAGGUAGGGGUGGCAUUGUGGCAUAACGAGGACUUCAAGAAGGACCUAAAUAGUACCAUAUGGGAUGACACAUUAACCAUAGACGAAUUCAAGAGCAAAUGGAAAACAGUAAUGAAAGCGUACAAUCUAGAGGAACAUAGGUGGUUCACACUUCACACAGCUAUACGAGGCACGUGCAUCAUGGAUACCCGCGUACUUCCACAACAUAUCCAUGGGAGGAUUGCUAAGGAUAACAUCUAUAUCAGAAUCGACUAA